AUGAACAAUAAUAGUAAUGUCAUUGAGAUUAGUAAAGAUGAAUAUCAACAACUAGCACAAGGUUACAUGUAUAAAAAGGGUGCAAAGACAUUCAUGGGAAGAGCACCGGUAUGGAAGAAACGGUGGUUCAUUCUCAUAAACAAGCAACUCCGAUACUAUAAAACCGAUGUUGGUCAGACAAAUAUAUCGACUGCCAUUCCUCAAGGAACUAUAAAGAUGGAGGGUGUUGAUGCAGUUCAACAAAUAGGAUUGUUAAACAAAGAUGGUUCUACCAAACAAUCAUCAUCCUCUUCAUCCUCUUCAUCCUCCUCAUCAACAAUGUGGUCAUUUGCAUUACAUACUAAAGAAAGAGUAUAUCAUCUCUAUUCAUCAUCAGAGGUUGAAAUGAACUAUUGGAUUACCAAUCUAUCAACUUGUGUCAUUAAUAUUCGUGAUCCAACCAUUAAUCAAGAGGUUGCUGCUUUUGAGGCAUCAUCCAACAACUCUUCUCUUCCACCUCUUGUUGCAACAAGUACAUCAUCAAAAUCACAUUCAUUGCCUACCACUGCACCGAUCACUAAACAAUUACCAACUCUUCCAAAUAGAACUUCAUCACCUGCAUCAUCCAAUCCAUCAUCUCCAACUUUGACAUCUUCAUCUCAAAUAUCAUCAUCAUCAUCUGUUUCAACCUCGACUUCUUCUUCCUCAUCAUCAUCAACUACACCAAUAUCAAGACAAACAAGAUCAAUGACUAGUCCAAUAGCAGGAGACGAUGAUGAUUUUGUAGUUGUAUCUUCAAAAAAUAGAAGUGAUAGUGUGGCUGGUCCUAGUCCAGCAACUAUUUCAAUUAGUGGAUUAUCAAAUGGAACUGAUAGAAAUGGAAAGAUGAUUAGUAUUAGUGGGGCAUCGAUAAGUGACAAGAUUAAACAUUUUGGUGGUGGAAAUAUUACAACGAUGGUAGCUAUUACGAAAAACAAGAUAUGGAGUGGUGAUCGAGAAGGAAAUAUAGUGACAUGGACAACAUCACGAGUUACAGAUGAAAGAGAUCGUUUGAAAAAGGGUAGUCAGUGGCGACCACAUUCACAAGCCAUCACAUCACUCUUGUACAGUCCAGCACAAAAGUAUGUCUUUUCAGCGUCGUUGGAUUGUAAGAUUUGUGCUUGGAACAAGAGUGAUUUCACGCUUGUCUAUUGUCAUACUGCCCGUAUUCCCAUCUAUCAAAUGAUCGAAACCAAUCAACCCAACAUGUUGAUUUAUUGUGGUUACAGUGACAAUGUAACUUCUAUAUGUCUCUUUGACACUGUUCAACAAGUCUCAAGAGACAUUCCACUUCACUCUUUUCUCUCACAACUCUCUUAUGUACCACAAACACUCUUUCCACAGACCACUAUCAAUAGCAAUGUAAAGAAUGUUCGUCGUCAAAAGGAACCUAGAAAAUUCACAAAACUUCUCCUUGUUGAUGACCGUAUUGUCAUUGCCACUAGUCAUGGUGAGUUGAUUCUAUGGUCUCCGUGGGAUGGAAAAGUAUGUCUGAUGGCUGAUGUGGGGUACCAAGAUAUUACAGCGAUUGGAGUGGUCGGUAACAAUCUAUGGUCAUGUUCAGUACAAGAAAACUCUACAAUGAGUGUCAUCUUUUCAAACUCUUUACCCAAUAUAGUUACUAUUUGGGAUUUAGCAACACUCAAACGAAAACGUAGUUUUGAGAGUAUGCAUCCAAUCCUCAACUUUAAUGUAUUUAAUGGAUUUGUAUGGGCAGUUAAAAGAAAUCAUAUCUCUGUCUAUUUACCUUCAAGUGGACAGACAGUCUAUGAAACCAUUGAUCUUGGAGAAGACAUGAAUUGUUGUUCACUCUACAAUAAUGGGUGUUCUUGGAUUGGAGGAAAUUACCUAUUUAGAUUUAUCCUUACCGAUAGUUGGAUCAAUAUAAACCUACCAUCCCCAGAUCCUCAUCCAGAUAUUCAAAAUUGGGAAACUUUAACUUUAUUUUUAUCAAAAUUAAAAAAUCGUUUAAAAUAUUUACAUACACCAAAAUUAUUUGAUUUAUUAAUGGAUAUUGGAGAAUCUGAAGGAAUAUUAUCAAAUCAUUUAAUGUUGAUUGUUCAAAGUUUUAGAUAUUAUGGUUAUGGAAUGUCAUUUACUUCAAAACAAAUCAUUCUUGGUGAUAUUAACAAAUUGAUUAGAAUGUCUAGGUUUUUAAACUCAAGUUUAAAUCGAUUUAAACAUGAUCUAUCUUUAAUUUUUGAAAUUUUAAAAACUAUUAAAUAUUUAUCUUUUAAUUUUGAUAAAUAUUAUCAUUAUAUUCAAUUAGAUUUAAUAUUAAAAUAUAGUUUAUUAUUAAAUCAACCAUCAUUGAUUAAAUAUUCAUUAAUGAUUAUUAAUAGAUAUUUAUCAUUUACAAAAACAUUACCAUCGAUUUUGGUUAAUUUUGUUGGAUCAAAUCUAUUAAAUUCAAAUAUUAAUUCUAUGAAUAAUAGUAUAAAUAGUAGUAGUAGUAGUAGUGGUAAUAGUAGUAGUGGUAGUGAUAAACCUGGUAAAGGAUCAAAAGAUACUAUUAAAGGAGUAGUUGGAAUUAUUAAACAAUAUUUAAAGAUUUUAACCAAUGCAAGAAUAGAUGAUCUUUCCAAACAUUCAAUUAUUUUCUUUAUCAAACGAAUCUAUUCAAUGGAUAAUCAUACAAGAGACAUGUUUAAAAAGGAAAAGAAUCUAUCAACACUUUUGACAAUUGCUAAAAUGCCCAAAACAACCAACAACUACUACUGUCAAGAGGCAUUACUAUUUAUUCAACAAAUUCUAAAUGAUCAACCAAAGUUAAAUGAUCUAGUUGCAAAAUUGGGUGGAAUCGAAUUAAAUCAACCACAACAACCUUGGUCAUCUUCAAGUGUAAUUGAUAAUGUUGGGUUGAUUAUUUAUCAAUUGACAUCAUUUUCAAAUUAUAAUUUGGUGAAUAGCAGUAGUUUAACAGCUAGUGCUGCCGCCAAUGCCAAACGAGAGUCAUCGGUUAUUGCCAGCUCUCCCAUCAAUUCGCUAGUCUUUACACUCAAUUCAAUCUUGCAUAGUGUUCAAAACACUGCAUUAAAAUCGGCCAAAAUCACCAUCAAAGAGAUUCAAUUGCCCGAAGAGUUUGAUGUAUUUCAAGACAAUAAGAGUAUUAUUCAAAUGUCGGCCAUAUUCCCUAAAAACCAAUUCGAGGCACAGAUUGCACUCGAAUUGGUGCCAAAUGUCAAAGUACGUCUUGGAGUAGAACUCAAAGGGUUCAUAUCAGGUGAAGCCACUCUCUCUGAACCAUCAAUCAAAGGUGUACUUACACUUGGUUUUGAACAUGGUACUGCUACACCUCUAUGGAUAUCUUUUAAAGAUGAACCAAAGAUAUCUUUCAAAUGCAAUACUACUGGUUUCUUUUUAAAACCUGUUGAUAUGAUUUUAAAACCUGCACUCUCUAUGAUUAUUAAAAAGAAAUUUGUUGAACCAAACAAAUUUUAUUUACCUAGUUUAUAA